UUGUAUGACUUGGAUCUAAUUCUAGGUUAAACGGAAAUGAACUCGAGGUGAUUAAAAACAACAAUAACGUGCGAAUUUAAUCUCUUCAUCAACAACAACUUUGCCCUGAUAUAAUAUAGAAUCUAGAUCUAGAUAUUAAUAAAUAUAGUUUAUUGUCAACUGUUUCUAUGUGCACUGAAUGAGCAUUUAGAGAACAAGAAAAUCACAACCUGUGUUUUCCAGUCGUCUCAUUAAAAGAUGGCGUUUUCCAUGUCCAAUUUGAAUGCUGCAGAGUUACAGCAGAUUGGAGCAUCCCUGUCUAGACCAGAAGAACUUGAAAAUAAUUCACAAAUAGAGAUGCAGUGGGCUUUAAAAGCAAUGGACCAUGCCACUAUACAUUAUAAUCUGAUUUCAUCUGUUGAUCCCACUUGCUUAAGAUUAACAAGAAUUGAUGAUAAACUUUAUCAUCAGUUUAGAGAAGAAUUUCCAGAUUUGGAUGUUGCUAAAUUAACUGAAGAUCAGCUCAAAUCUGCUGAUGCUAAAGAAAAAUGGAGAAAUUUUUGUGAAAAAUUUAAAGGUGAAAUUGAGGAUUAUAAUAUGGGUACAUUAUUACGUUUGAACUGUGAAGAUGAUUACAACCCAGACACAACAACAUUCAGUGUCAGGACACAAUUUUUAGCCAUAGAAAUAGCAAGAAACAGAGAAGGUCAUAACAGCUGCUUGUACAAUAAAAAACAAGAACUGAAAAAACUACAAAAUAACUCAACAUAGCAGACAUUGGCUUCAUGAACUUUGUAUACAGCUUAGUGAGUGUAGUGAAUAAAUGUGUUGCUUGAUGCUGGAAGUAAAUGUUUUUAAAAAGUUGCUUUUUGUUCUUUAAAAUCAAAUGACUAUUUUUAUUUCUUAUGAUUUGAAUAAACUAAAUGAAAAUAUUUUAUUUCUACCUGAAUUAUGGAGAUUUGAUACGCUUUGCACUUGAUUAUAUUAUUAUUUGAUCUAUGAGAUAAAAUCUCCAGCGUUUUGAAAUCUGCUGUACAUUAUUCUUAUGCUUCAAUUAAAUUUCCUUUUUGUUGCCACCUUGCAUAAGAUAAGCAGGUGAUUAAAUAAGAGUCAAAUUUGAAAAUGCAAUCCUAUUUCAUCAUUUGAUGGAAUAAUAAUGAAACCCUGCUUUGGGGGUUAAAAGGCAAUGAAACUAUUAAAGAGAAGCUGGGUUGACAGGUGCAUAUACAAGUU